AUGGUGAAUCUCACAGAAAUGGAUGAGAAUGGAUGGGCCCAGAUCCAUUACGCUGCGCUUAACGGCUACCUUCUUUCUGUAGAACGAUUUAUAGAGGAAGACCCCGAGCUGCUUGAGUACGAAACGGGCGACAGUAAGAAUUCUACUCCGUUCUUACUGGCCGUAACCGGAGGCAACAAAGAAUGUGUAGAAUUUUUCAUUAAAAAGGGAGCAAAAAUCGGUGUUCAGAAUCGUUUUAACCAAGGUCCGAUCGAGAUUUUGUUGUUGAAUAAAAAUAUCGAACUCCUCCAGUUUUUUAUCGAUGCCAAAUACCCUGAUCUACCCGUAUGGAGGAAGCUUUUUCGAUUUCUUUUAUCGGACAGCGAAGAAGAAGCAAAGAAUGCUGCUGAAUGUCUCCAGAUGCUGACUGUAUAUAACAGUGAGACGGGCACAAAUCCCAAUUGGGAAUUGCUUCGAAAUGAAGGUGGUGUCGUUGCUCUAGUAAUCGUUUUAACUCGGAUCAUUCCUGAUGAAGACCAAGCACUGACCUCGGCGACUGGGAUCAAAAUCUUGAUCGAUCUGUUGCAGCAUUCGAAAGACGAUGCGAUUUUAUCAUUGGCUGCUGACUGUGUGGCACGUUUGGCUCACACAAGAGCUGGUGUUCCCCAUGCAAUGAUCUCAAUCGAUGCAGUUGAAUAUCUGUGCGCUCUUCUUCUGUCUCCCCUCGAGAGGGUCAGGGGAAAUGCUGCUAUUGCUCUCAGCUACCUGGCCAUCUACCAUACAGCAGAAAGACAACUUUUACAUAAGUGUCGAAAAGAACCAAUCCUUAUGAAAGUGCUGACAUAUUAUUCUCGAGACAGAAAACUUCCAACUGGAUUUCAGAACGGUUGGAAACAUUAUCAGAGAGUUGGGCUUCCUGAAAUAGAGCUUAGCCAGCUGAAUUUGGUAAACCAGCAACUGAAGACGACGCCUCAAGAAAUGCACAUAAUUGAAUUAGAGAGAGAUCUGAUUCACCAUAGCAGUGUAGAUGAUAUUGGCAAUAUAUCAAAUAAUUGUCUAACCCCAAUGAAAGAAGACAUCAGCAAUGCUUUUAGCAAGAGGAAUUCUCUCCAAGUUCCAAGUGAAAAUGGCUCAUCAUUUGGACAUUGA